AUGGCCAAGACGUCGAACAAGCUGACCUACAAGGGCACGUACGUCCUCGCGACGGCGCUCAACGCGGGCGUGCCCAUCUCCUACUAUCCCAUGUUCCAGGAGCUGCCGAAGAUUUUGAAGGGCGACGGGUCCAUCUUCGCGGCCCAGGAGGCCGACGGCCACGAGGUCCACGUCGACCGCGUGCUCAACGUCAUCGCGUCGGGCGCGCAGCACAAGCGCUUCUUCGAGCACAUGUGCAACGGCGUCUUCGUCCGCGUCUUCGACGAUCUGCCCCUCGAGGACCAGCCCGCGGCCGUCGCCGACAUGGGCUGCGGCGACGGGCGCCUCCUGCUGACGCUCUACGAGUACGUCCGGGACCACACGAAGCGCGGCAAGCACCUCGACAAGUUCCCGUUCACGGUCAUCGGCAUCGACUUCAACUACGAGUCGCUCGACGUGACCAAGGAGACCCUCGGGUCCCGGAACAUCCCCUUCGAGGUCCAGUGGGGCGACAUCGGCGACCCCGACGCGGCCAUGGACGAGCUCGAGAAGCGGGGCUUCCCGCGCGACAGCGUGCUCCACGUGCGCACGUUCAUCGACCACGACCGGCCGUACAUCGCCCCGAAGCGGCCCGGCGACGACUACGCCAUGUACGCCCACGGCGUCUACAACAAGAACGACGGCACCAUCAUCGACCCGUCGACGAUGCUCCAGUCGCUGGUCGAACACCUCGAGCGCUGGAGCGACGCCGUCGGCGUCCACGGCAUGUGCAUCCUCGAGGCGGGCCAGCUCCCCGCGCGGCUCGCGGGGCAGCACAUGGAGCAGUGCGUGAGCCUGGCGUUCGACAACUGCCAGAGCCUGAGCCACCAGUACCUCGUGCCGCUCCCCCAGUGGCUGCUCUGCGCGGCGGGCGCGGGCCUCUUCCCGGACGUGACGUCGCUGCGCGCGUUCCCGGACAAC